AGGGCAGGCUGGCAUGGAGAAAGAGAAGUUCCAGCAGAAGGCUCUGAAGCAAACUAAGCAGAAGAAAUCCAAGUCGGCUGAAUUUCUGAUGGUAAAAGAAGAGAGAGCAGCAACAGAAGGCAUUGAAAAUCCAGCUUUUAACAUCAGCAGCACAGAUCUUUCAGCAUAUCAGCCUUCACAAGAGAAAGUUAUUAGACAUGACAAGCCAGAUAGCACCCUUGCAGCUCACCAACAAAAACUCGGGCUGCAAGCCCAUGCUGAACCAAGAGGAAAUGAAUACAGCAGAAAUUACUUUGACCCAUUGAUGGGUGAGGAAAUAAACCCAAGGCAGUGUGGGAUGGAGGUCAGUGAGGAAGGUGAGGCAGAAUUAAAUCCUGUGAAAGUUGAUGAGCAAAUCCUUUACUCUAAACUGAUGAAGCUUCUAGAUGAAGAAAACAAGAUGCUGGACUUCCAAGCAGCCCGUGUCGUCAGUGAAGAUUUUCCGGACGCUGUAACGCCUGUCAGCUCCAGUAAGGCAUGUGACCUUCACAGGGAGCUCGAAGAUGAAGAGAUUCCUUCAUAUAUCGAACAGUUUGAGAGAGAUGUUCAGAAUGACAUAAUUCUGCUUGGCAGCUUUUCACUGGAACAGCACAAGGGAGCUUCUCACCACAAGAAACAAAAGUGGAGAGCCAGGAUUCAUGAACUCUUUCAAAGAGUAAGAAGUCAGCUACUGAAAACAGAGCAGAGUGGAAUUGAAGAAGAAAUGGUAGCCAGCUUUGGUAACCUUACAGAUGUGAAUACUGGAUUAAAUGGAGCAGCAGGACCUCGUGGGAAGGUUGACCGCUCCAAGAUGCCACAGCCACUAGAAAUUCACCUCAGAUGCCUGAGGGGAGUCAAAGAUAAGGUCCCUAAAGGCCUCUACACUCUCAAAGUUUCUGUCCUCAGCCGCUUAGGUGGUGCCUUGGUGGAGUGGCCUGAACUGGAGGAGCAGCCUCAGGCCAGGAUGACACGGCCUGUUAGUCAUGGUGGAAACUUCUACAACACUGAAAUCUACUUUGGACAAAGUAUCCAGACAGUUCUACCAGAUAGAAAAGCUGUGAAACCAGGCAUGGUACUCCUCUUUGAACUCUUCCUUCUUCGUGGCACCUAUACCUGGAUUGAUCGAGAAGUGGGAUGGGGAGCUUUUCCCUUAUGUGAUAGCAAUCUUAAUGCUUUGGAGGGGAAAUUUAAAUGUCCCUUCCUCAGAGGACAUUAUGACUCCAGAAUUGACCGAUUCAAAAAAAUUGAAAAUUUUAUUUCUCAGGACUUGGAUCAUUGGUUAUGCAAUCUCUACUUUCAGAUAAUUAAACUACCACAGGAUUCAGAUAAGCAGAAUAAGCACGGUAUGCAUGUUCAUCUGCCACCUGAACUUCUUAUGUAUUCAAGCACUGCUGAAAAGAAUGGUGUCUCAGAAAGUGUUGUACAGUCUGGACCACAAGGGCAACCUCUGACCUCCCCAAAAGAUCCUGACACCCAUAAGGGAAGUAUUCCCACUGUUGUAAAGGAAGUGGAAAAGCAGUUUAAUGCUGCGAAAGGAGGAGAAGCGUGUGUGUCAGAAGAAGCUGUGAGGAAAAGAGAAGAGCUUAAAAUGCUUCCAGCAGAGGAUUACCAAGAUUGCUGUGGCAAUGCAGACAAGCACUGUGGCUCGUUUUGGCUGAAGGAGGUCCAAGAAGGACAUCACAAGGAAGAUGAAGGUAACUUGAAGAAAACAGAGUUUCAUGUCAGCAGGAAUAACCCACCUGACCAAUGCUGCGAAUUAAAAUCAGGUCCAGAGAACAAUGCAAGCCAAGAAGGGAAAACAUCUGCAGAGAGCAAUUUUUAUUUGGAAGACUUGGAGAAAUACACCUUUUCUGUGUGCUGCCACUCUGCUGCUGCUGCUGAUGUGAAGCUGUCCAGGCAGGUUGUGGAGCGUUUCCAUUUUGUGGUGUACAUGGCCUUUUCAGAGCUGGGAGCCACACGCUGGCGCUCCAGGGACUUCUGGCUGCUUGCACUGCUGGUGGUUGUGCUUUGGUUCCUGAGACUUUACCUGCAUUAUUUGAGCCAGUGGCUCUUCCUUCAGACCAUCUCAGUUCCUGUUGCAAAGUUCCAGCUCUUCCCUCACACUGUGGAACUGUGCUACCAGAACUCCUUGCUGCACACCAGUGAAGAGUUGGCCAUGGUUGUGGUGGGACCCCUAACCUUGAACGCAGGGCUGCUUCUCAUGGUCCUGAUCAGAUGGGGCUGUCAGCAGCUGUUUGACUCAUUCCCUCCCUUCUUGUCAAAGUUUAUCAUAGCUAUGGGACUAUGGACAGUGCUGGACCCCUUGGCAGUGUUUGUAGUGGAUUCAUUCCUGGGGCGGUUUGGGAACAGCAUAGAGAAACCCAUUGCUGAUGCUGCAAAACUCUCCUGGGUGUUUCUAAGAGCUGGGGAGUCAGGAGUUCCUGGUGCCUUAAUCACAGUGAUGCUUUAUAUCAUCCUGUUCAUGAUCUCAUCCACAGUGUUGUACCUGUAUUUUUUAAGGCUACAUAGUGAAGGUUGGCUGUUGGAUGUACUUCGACGCAUCCAUGGUGAGGAAGGCACAUUCUUUGUUCCACUGGACUUGGAGCUUUCCAUUCAGGAGCUGAGCUACAUUAUGAAGAGGGCUGAGCAGUGGAGAGGAAUCAAUGGUGAAAGACGGAUGGUGGCAGUGUCUGAUUACAUCUGGAAGGACCACGCCAGCCAGCCUGGUGGCUCCAGCUGUGACCUCCAGCGCCAGCAUGGAAUGCCCGACGCCGCAGCCAGCCGGGAAGGCAGCACCACUGUCCACGUCUGUGUCUACACGGUUCACCUCAGCGGCUUCCAGGAGCUCUACAGGCGCUUCCUCAGGCUGCCUGAUGGGGCUAUCAUCGAGGCAUUUGGUGAUGUUGGUGAGGAAAGUCUUUUGUGUAAAGUGAGCACAGACCAGGAGCGUAAAAGGGAAAAGGACAGUGUGCUGUGCGCAUCUACAUGUAUCAAGCUGAGGGAGAGGAAAAAAAGUACAGCAAGGUGCAAAGGAAAUCACAUUGUUCCUGACAAGAGCUAGUUCCUGCAGUAACACAUGGCCUGUGGAGUUGUUUACAUCGUGAUCCACAUCCAUGGUAUGGCUACUGUCUGAUAGGAUUUACAUUUCUGAUGGCUGCAUCUCUGCCCAUGCAGCGUUGUCCUGCGAAUGCUGCCUUCGUAGCUCCUCUGUGGCUUCAACAAGCUGUGCAGUGUGGUGAAUUCACAGGAUCAGAUCACAGACUGGAUCAUGAAAACAUAAUUAUUUCAUGUGACUUUUUAUCCCUUCCCAGUUGUGGGACAUUGCUAGAUUUCUCAGGUUUGCUUGUUUCUGCUUUUUCAGCUUUGUUUGUGCAUGUUAGCUGUGGUGGGGAAAAUGUUGUUUAUUUUUCUUUCAGGUUUCAUGACUAAAACAUUGACAAUUUUCAGUAAUUAUUCCAAGCACAAUGCUAUUGUAAUUGCAAGACUGUGAGAACACCCAGAAGAGGAGCAAUGAUGACUUCAUCCACCAGUUAGCCAAAUCCCAACCUGCUGCAAAAUUUACGAGAUCCAAGAAACCAUUUUUUCUGAAGCAUUUGUGGUGGCCAUAUCCUGCUUUCCUGUGAGCUACAGCGGCUUAAAGCAUCCUGGAGGUUAUGUUCAUGCUUUCUUAGAAGUAUUAAAGUUAGAACCAGCCACUUCUCUUUAGUUAGAACCAGUCAGUGCAUAUUCUAUUUGCCUCCAUACAAAUGUAUCAGAAAUUGUCCAUGCCUCAAAGGCAAGAACUAUGAGAGACAACAGAAGAGGGUGGGAAGGGAAACACAGGCAAGAAAGGUGAAAUAAUUUGUGCAAGGCCAUCUAAGUC